AUGGUCGGCGUCCCGCGCAGCACGGGCUGUCAGCUGUGCCGCAAGAGACGGGUCAAAUGUGACGAAGUGAAGCCAGGAUGUGGUAAUUGCACGAAAUAUGGCGCGGACUGCCCAGGCUACGAGAGGAGCCUCAAGUUUGUCAGCGGAAAGCACCAUGUGCGCACAAGAAAGAACCAGUCGGGGUUACCCAGCACACCAGCAUCGGUCGCGACGGCGAGUGACGACAGCUUGCGCCGGUCCAGCCCCGUGUCGGCAUCCCUGCUGGUGUGGGAGCCUGCGCCGCACCGCGGCCAGUUUGUGUCGACCAUGGUCGAGACGGCGCGCGCGGCGAUUGAAGAGCGCGAUGCGAGCGGCUACUUUAGCUGGGUCCGGUUCGGGACGGUGGGUUCGUUUGCGAUCCUGGACGGGGCGCUGUGCUCGCUGGCGAUGCAUCUGGUGGGCAAGGAUGUGGCCGAUGCCAACAUGAUUGCGCAGAGCCGGACCAUGUACGGCCAGUCGCUGCAUCAGCUGCAGCAGGCACUGCAUCACCCCACGAAGUGGCGGGCGUCGGAGAUGCUGUGCACGGCCAUCUUGCUGUGCGUCUUUGAGCUCUUUGCGGGAACGAGCUCGUCGGACUCGUGGCUGCAGCAUGCGCGAGGGAUUGGCAUUCUGAUGGAGCAGCGCGGCGCAAAGGCGCAUCAAGAAGGAUGGGAUGCUGCCAUGCUGCUGUCCUUCCGAGGAGUUUUGAUCAUGAGCGACCUAUUUUUUCCCAGAACAGACGAAUGUUUUCUCACACGGCCGGAAUGGCGCUCGGUGAUGCGUGACAGAGGGCGGCACUUGUUGCAAGCGCCCGAUUUCAAUGAAGAAGCCAUCGAGGCUGUCGAUGAAUUCAAUAACCGACUAGCAGAGAUUCCGGCCGUGGUAAAGGUUGGCUACCCCGUCAUGGAAGCCGGCAAGAGAGGUCUACCCAUUGACCACGUCGCCGCCGCCACGACCUGCAGGCUCGCCGCGGCUUGUCAUGCGAGAAUGUCGGAAUUCUGGUCGACGUAUAAACACCUGUUCCCUCAAGCCGUUGAAGCACCGUCCAAGGACCCGCAGUCUCCGUACCCCGUCAUCCUGCGGUACGAGCGGCGAUGGGCGGCGACGCUGCAACUGUCUCACCACGCGACCAUGGGUCUGCUGCAGGAAUUCCUGCAGCGGCUGGGCUGGACGCAGCCGUUUGCGACAUCACAGCAGGAGUACACGCAAACCAUCCUACGGUCGGUCGAGGACAUUAGCCAGGGGCCGCUGGGGCCGUACAGGAUCGGGUAUGCGAUGCGGAUCGCGUAUGAGCUGGCCGACGCGGAAGCGCAAGAGUGGAUUCGGGGAUGCUUGGAUCGAUUCAAGAGCACAUAUGCGGCGACGGAUAAACAGACAUAUCCCGAAAAGCGGACGGAUAACAAGGGUUACCGAUAA